GGGGAAAAAAAAAACAAACCAAAAACAAACAAUGAUCUUCCACUUGAUCAAGAAAAGAGCCAAACAGCCUUUCUCCCAGAAGCACAAAGCAUUCUACCCUUUGGACAUUGCCGUUAAUCCUACACAUCCAACCUGCCUCACCUGUAGCCAAAGGCCUAAAAUCUGGAAAGCCACGCCCGCAGGGCAGGACAUGCAGGGAGAGGCUGGAACCCUAUAUGGACGAGAACUUCAUCUCCAGAGCCUUUGCCACCAUGGGCGAGACCGUGAUGAGUGUCAAAAUUAUCCGAAACCGCCUCACUGGGAUCCCAGCUGGCUACUGUUUUGUAGAAUUCGCAGAUUUGGCCACAGCCGAGAAGUGUUUGCAUAAAAUUAACGGGAAACCCCUUCCAGGAGCCACACCUGCAAAACGUUUUAAACUGAACUAUGCCACUUAUGGGAAACAACCAGAUAACAGCCCUGAGUACUCCCUCUUUGUGGGGGACCUGACCCCAGAUGUGGAUGAUGGCAUGCUGUAUGAAUUCUUCGUCAAAGUCUACCCCUCCUGUCGGGGAGGCAAGGUGGUUUUGGACCAGACAGGCGUGUCUAAGGGCUAUGGUUUUGUGAAAUUCACAGAUGAACUGGAACAGAAGCGAGCCCUGACAGAGUGCCAGGGAGCAGUAGGACUGGGGUCUAAACCCGUGCGGCUGAGCGUGGCAAUCCCUAAAGCGAGUCGUGUGAAGCCAGUGGAAUACAGUCAGAUGUACAGUUAUAGCUACAACCAGUAUUACCAGCAGUACCAGAACUACUAUGCCCAGUGGGGCUAUGACCAGAACACAGGCAGUUACAGCUACAGUUACCCCCAGUACGGCUAUACGCAGAGCACCAUGCAGACGUAUGAAGAAGUUGGAGAUGAUGCACUGGAAGACCCCAUGCCACAGCUGGACGUGACUGAAGCCAACAAGGAGUUCAUGGAGCAGAGUGAGGAGCUGUACGAUGCACUGAUGGACUGUCACUGGCAGCCUCUUGACACAGUGUCUUCGGAGAUCCCUGCCAUGAUGUAGCCAGGACAAAGGACAAGCAAGAAUGGAUUAUGCAAGAGAAAUAAGAAACUCCUUUAAAAAAAUCCAAUCACCUUUCUGGAAAUGUUUUAUAAGAUUUUUAAUAGUUGUUUUCCAACACUGCUGCCUUUAUUUGACAAUGAGCCAUUUGACUUUGAAAACCAAGGGACAGCUGUUGAAAA